CAGCUCUCGUCUCGAUAGAGACAAAGGAUGGACACAGCGUACACACUGACUGGAGACGACAUGGCGCUGAAUAAAGUGGGUGACAUCGAGGCACUGACAGCCCCCCAUGGACAGGUGCAUCGGCCCAUCAACUUGAAUCACUACGCCACCAAGAAGAGUGCCGCUCAGAGCAUGCUGGACAUCGCCCUGCUGAUGGCCAACUCGUCCCAGCUGAAGACCGUUCUCUACGUGGGGUCAAACUACCGCUUCUACAUCCCCCUCAUCACGCUGCUGUCUCUGUCCAUCACGCUACAGGUCGUAGUGGGGCUGUUGCUCGUCUUUAUUGCAGUGAAGUACGACCUCAACGAUGUGAGGAAACACGCCAAGCUGAACAUGUUGAACAACGUGGCCACCGUGUUCGUCUUCUUCACGGUCCUCAUCAACAUCUUCAUCACGGCGCUGGGGUUUGAUGGAGAAGCAAUCAAGUUAUUCGAGUCACCUGCGAUUUCAGUAGCAGAGUUUCCCAUCCUGCCCAUCGACCACAAUGACACUGGUGGUCUUUAGACCAGGUUUUGGACCACGUGGAGACGGAUCCACAUUCGUGGCAGGAGGCUUUUGUGGAUCCAGGCAAGGAACAAAACCUGAACAUCUCCCACAGUCUCCAUCCAGGAUCACAGCUCUCCAAGUCUACUUGACCCUAGACAGAAGGUAGAGCUCAGCCAGUGCAUCCACGCAGCCUCCUCUUCCCUCCUCUCCUCCAUCGCUGUGCUUUCUCUCAAAUACAAGAGUGAUUUUAUUGAUUCAGUUAAACUGUUAGAUUGGUUGAAAGGGUAGACUCCUGAAACCUGGAGUGGUAUUUUUACACUUCUGGCUCCUUUGUCCCAAAGUCCGUGGGUUUGACGAAAGGCUCUUUAGUCGGAGAUCUGAAAUAGUUACAUCACACCACACAGUUCUGUGGAGGUGGCUGAGAAGAGACUUUAACCUUAUAUUGUCUAUUGCAUAAAAUACGUAGUCCACUUGUGUUUUUAACACAUCCAACAGAAGAAUCAUGACAACACAGACUGUAUAGGACCAACUCAAACAUCUGCAUAGAACAAAUGAAAUAUUAAAAACUCCACAAAGCAAAGAAAUUUCAAGUAGAGGCUGACAGCAUUCUUUAUUAGUUGGAAUGCUUCAAGCAUUCCAAGUAUUGUUCUUCUAAUCUUUAAUCAACUUAUUCUUCUUCUUCUAUUUCUUCCGCUGCACGUUUCAACUCCUUCACACUUUCAGCUAUUAAGACCAUUCAAAUAUUAAAAUGUUCAGCUCCUUCAGGAGAGGUGUGCUAUGACUUUUCAGAUUUUUAGCAUCAACCUUUUUAACAUGGUUUCCAAUGGAUUAAAUUUUCAAAUCCUCUCCAAACUUGUUCAACUUUCAACUUUUUCAGCUUUUCCAAUCUUUCAGCUAGAGACACCAUUUAAACUUUAAAAUGUUGACACAAGUCUUAACAAUGUCAUAAAAAAACUGCUUGUCGAUAUCUAUUAUACUUUUUUUCAUAAUCACUAAUUAUGUUUCACUAGUUUUGGGGUCCUUUUCGAAUUUACAGUGCGUGCUAGAGUGCGGACAAAGUCAGAAGACAAGAGAGGGUCCAUGUUUUGUAAACUGUUGGUAGAGAAGUUUUAAAACACAUAGAGACAUAAAAACUACACUCAAGCGUUCGGUAGUCUUGUGUCUCUCAAAAUGUCAUUAUUUUUUGGCUACUCCAAAUAGUUUUGCUCCAGGAAGCAUUUGUUUGACGUGUGGGUUCUCAGUAACUGUCUGUGAGCUAAGUGCAGCUGCUCCGUCGUCACGCCAACGAGUUGGGGCUCUUUCUGUGACUCACAGCUGAUCCUUAUUAGCUGAUUAGUGCAGCCUGACAUGACCUCCUUCUCUCCACCUUCUCUCUUCAUUUCAAAACAACCCACAUGGAGGGAAUUCUUACUGUAAUGUUUGAUGAGGCCUAUUAAUAUAUUCUGUCUCUCAACCCCUCCACCCACUGACCCAAUACCAUCAUUUCAAAAUAAAAGCUGCAAUGAUUAUGUUAUUUAAACAUGAAGCUUAGGAUUCAGCUGUCUCGUUGAAUACUUAUUGCGCUUUCAAAUAGUAUUACAACCACUACUAAUAUUUCUAGUACUUCUAGUAGUACAUCUAGUAUUUCAACUGGUAUUAUUACUAAAAUGACUUUUACUACUGCUAAUAUUACUAGUACUACUAGUAUUUCAACCCCCAUGGAGGGAAUUAUUACUGUAAUGUUUGAUGAAGCCUAUUAAUUAAUAUAUUCUGUCUCUCAACCCCUCCACCCACUCACUCAAUACCGCCAUUUCAAAAUAAAAGCUGCAAUGAUUAUCUGUAAUUUAGCCAUGAAGCUUAGGAUAAAGCUGUUUUGUUGAAUACGUAUUGCUCUUUCAAAUAGUACUACAACCACUACUAAUAUUUCUAGUACUUCUAGUAGUACUUCUAGUAUUUCAACUGGUAUUAUUACUAAAAUGACUUUUACUACUAAUAAUAUUACUAGCACUACUAGUAUUUCAACCCCAAUGGAGGGAAUUCUUACUGUAAUGUUUGAGGCCCAUCAAUUAAUAACUUUUUAGUUUUCUUAGCUUAGGGCGACUGUGGGUGAGUGGGGAGCGCGGCCGUCCUCCAAUCAGAGGGUUGGCGGUCUGAUCCCAUGCCCGGCUAACCUGCAUGUCAAUGUGUCCUUGGGCAAGACGCUUAAUCCCAGCAUUGUUCCUCUAGCUAUGACUACAGUGCGUGUGAAUGUUAGUUACUGGUUGGGCAGGUGCCACUGUGUAUGGUAGGUUCUGUCAAUGGUGUGUGAAUGGGUGAAUGUUAUGUAGUGUUAAGGUGCUUUGGGUGGUCAGAAGACUAGAAGAGCGCUGUACAAAUCUAUUUUACCAAGUCCAUUUGCUUUGAAUAACAAACAUUCUGUCUCCCAAACCCCCCCCACCCAAUUCCAUUAUUUCAAAAUAAAAG